CCGAUUUGCGUUUAUUCCCUGAUCCAUGUGCCACUCUUUCUGUCUCUCAACGUAAAGUGGAAUUAAAAAAACGAUAAUCUGGGACUUGCACAUUAGUUUUAUUACAUAAAAUAUCUCAAUACGCUAUGAAAUAAAUAAGCAGACAAUAUGCCUCCUUCCCAUUUGUCUCCCUCCACAUAAAAUAUAUUUUUACACAUCCAUUUACCAACGGCCUUCUCUGACAGUGCAUUAUUUCAUGAGCAUUUAUUCAACUCGGUGUCUCGUCAGAAAGUCAAUCUUGUUCAGCCAUCGCUGGUGAACUGCUGAUUGUGUUUUGCGCCAGCACCCCUCUGCUCGAUGCGGGUCCUACAUUAUUAGACUAUUUAGAUUAUUUUGCUGAAAUAAAUGUCCAAAUGAUAAGCCACUUUGUUGAGCUAUCAUUUGUGGCCAGGUCACAUUUGAACACUAAGUAAGUACCUCAGUGGCCUUUGUCUAGUAGGAUGGGGAUGGUUUCGUUGUAUUUGGAUGUGUUUAGGGUGAUUUGUUUAUCUUUCUUGGACUUUGCACCUCUAUCGUGUGUUUGUACUGUUUGUUAUUGUAACGUUCUUACCCGCCCCGACUGGACGUCUGUGAAAAAGAGCUUUAUAGCUCAACGGAUUCCUCCACUAUAAAUAUAAUUGAUUGUCCGACUGUACAAAACCACGUGGAGGUGGACAAUGAUGGCGGUGGGGGGGGGGCAGUUUAUCGUUUCCCACGCAAAAGUUUAAAGCCCACCUUUAGCCACGCCCUCUUUCGUGACGUGGCGCCGCAAGAGUGCGCGGCGAUUGGCUCAGAUUGCCGUGACGUCACGUCCACCGUGGCCACGCCCCUAGAGAAGUGAAAGGGCGGGAAACACACAUUUUCAGGCCUCGGCUGCAGCGCUCGGGGGCGACAGCCGCCACCGCGGGGGUAACCCCAACGUAAGCCCUCCGUCGCUGGCGCGCCAAGUCACGAAUUGAACGCGACGACCAAUACGAAGACGUCGGCGGAAGCAUCAUGCCGUCCUUUCGCCAGGUGGCCGAGAAGCAGCUGCCAGCCGAGAUCUUGCACAUGUGCUGGUCGCCCAAACGCGAUCUCAUCGGCCUGGCCAGCCGCUCUGGCGAGGUGCUGCUGCAUCGGCUCAGUAACUGCCAGAAGGUCUGGGGCCUGCCACCAAAUGACUCCACGGGCAGUGAAGUCACAGCCUUGGCUUGGAGGCCAGAUGGAAAAGUGUUGGCAGUCAGUUACGGAGAUACCGAGCGACUGGUGCUGUGUGAUGUUGAGAAGGCUGAGAUCCUGCACACGUGCCGUGCAUUGCACAGGGUCACCUGUAUGCACUGGGUGGAGGUGAAACAGGAAAGCAGUCCGGAGUUUAAUUUGUUUGAGGACGAUCACACUGUUUACCUGUCAAAGCUGCCAGCUUUGCCUAAGAGUGAAGAGAACUCUGAUAUUCAAAGGCUAUUGGGUGAUUCCAGGCUCAACAUUUUAGUACUUGGAAGUUCCCAUGGAGUUGUUGCAUUUUAUGCCUUUGGAAUAUUUAAAAUCGCAAGUCUUUUGAUCAAGAGUGAGGGCCAGUGCCUUCACCUGUGUCUCUCCAGCGACCUAAAGGCCCUCUCUGUAGCAGUGAAAAAGACGAGCACUGUGGACGAAUCCCACUGCAAUAUCAUUUAUUCUCAGUGGGAUACGAGUCUUCUGGCUGCCAAUCUGCCAGAGGUCACAAAAAUGGCGAGGAAGUUCACCCACAUAUCAGCUCUCCUCCAUUAUCAAUAUCUGACGGUGCAGAGCAUGAGUGGGGCAUGGGAGGACGUGCUCAUUGAAAUGGACAUGGGACUCACCAACUUUGUCAAGGAGAACCCUGACACCUCUGUGAGUAAUGAGUUCAUGGAGCUGCUGAUGUGGGGAACAGCCAGCCCUGAGCUCCAGAUGCUGCUAUUAAACAAACUCACAUUGAAGGGCUUAAAGAAGCUGGGUCAUGAGGUGGAAUCGUCUUACUACAGCAUUUUGAAGCUUCUCACCAGCCACCUGCAGAGUGGAGCUGAUGCACUUCUCUACCACCUGGUGGAGCUGAAGGGCAUGGCCAUGUGGCGACAGAAGUACGGGUGCCUGGGUCUGCGGGAGGACUCCGUGGAGGAAGCCAUCCAGAUUGUGGGUUCCUACAUGCUCAAGGCAGACGAGUUACUGCAUGUGAUUGAAAACAGCUUGAAGAAUUUCAAGUCGUUUUUCCGCUGCCUCUACGUGGCAAUGCUGCAUAUGUCAGAUGAAACCAUCCCACCAGAGCUGAGUAAGGUCAGCCAGAAGGAACUCAUGUUUGUCGCAAACUUUCUUAAAGACCACUUCGAAAAGGAACCAACGCUGUUUGAAAAAACAGGAAAAUACUUCAACGUUGAUCGUGUGGGGCAGUAUUUAAAAGAUGAGCUGCUGCUGACACCGCAAGAUAUGAAGCACAAUUCGUGGGUUAACUUUGUCGAGAAAAGCGUUCACCUUAAAGACAGCCCGCUGCUCUACACUAACUUCCCAACGCGGUCGCUGUGCCAGAUGCGCACGCUCAUGGAUGAGAACGUGCAGCAGUGUCUGCAGCAGCCAGCUGAGGUGAUCAGCGGCUCCUUGUGUGAGUGCGUCGAGGGAGUCCUGUUCAGACACCCGGCCAGAGAGGACACAAGGUCAUUCUGCUUGUCUUUCUGGAGCGACGAAGAUGCCUCUCAGCAGUACGCGGUCUACUCUGUGGGCGCCGUUCCCACCUCAUCCCUCAUCCUCAUGCGGACCACCACAGACUCCACACGUGCCCGGAAUGAAAUUCCUGGCUCCCUUCAGCUGGUUGCGUUAGAGUUCUGGGGCCGAAUGAAGCGGAAACGUAGCGAGCGAGUGGACGACACAAAGAGUAAACACAGGGUGGUGGACGCCAAGUUCUAUGAUGGGCAGACGCUGAGUGUGCUGCUGCUGGAGGAAGACGGCGGAGAGGAGAAAGGACCGCUGCUGGCUCAGGUCCCGUUCGCUUCGGUGUACAGGGACCAGGAGCAGCAGCUGUCACUGCAAUCUUGCAGCUUUAAAACGAGUUUGGAGGAGCAGAAGGGCAGUAUCCCGGUGCACGUGGUGACCUUGGUGGACCAGUGGAGGAGGAUGGAGAACAUGAAGGCACGGUUCGUCUCAGUCAACGGCAUCCGCAACGUUUCCUGCGUGCUGAGCAGUAACCUCCGCCACGUGCGCAUGUUCGAGAUGGACGUGGAGGAGGAGGGGGAGGCCGAGGAGGCCGCGGACGAGAGCAUCGACGCGCUGGAGGAGUCGAGCGACAAAACGCUCGAGCGCGUGCCGGACGAGGGCGACGUCUCUGUGUCACUAGACACCUCCGAGCUUUGCGACGGGGCCGGGCAGAGCACAUCCGGUGCCGACAACCGUUAAAGAUCGUUGUUGGCCCCUGCUGCCAAAUCACAGCGGCAGUGUCGAGGUGAAGCGUUCAGCACCGUUUAACAGUGGUGGUUCGUGCUGGGACGUGUGAAAAAACUAUUUGGGGCUCAUGCAAAUGAUUACUUUAGAUUUUUGCUUAUACAAAAUGAGCACGAACUUGCCAUUAAUGUGUUUGAUGUCAUGAAAAUAUAUCCCUGGAUUUCUGUGUAACUGUUUGUUUCCGAAAAGGACCCCAAUGUAUAAAUAUUCAAAUAUAUCUUGUUUAAAAGUUGGUAUUAACUUAAUUAUGAAAAUACAUAAUUAACAUUGCAGGCUGGAUAUAUUUUAGGAUUUCACUCGUCUAAAAGCUGUACUGCAGUCGUUCACGUAAAAUAAUCAAAAGCAUCAUUAGAGAAUGCAAUUAAUUAAAUAAAUAAGUUGACAAUAUUCCUCUUUCCCAUAUUUGUCUUCACAAAAAAACAUUUUUAAGAUAGUAAUAGAUAACGGAGUAUAACAGAUCUACUUUACCAGAGCAGCACAUGCGAGGGCACUGCAAUUUCAGCUGAUAUAUGUAAAACUUCUUUCGCACCCGACGUAGCCAACCAUCUUCUUGGUUCUUUCGGUAAAGUCACGUAGAAGGGAAAUAAUAAAAUAAUAAAAAUAAAACAAAAUAAAAUUCUCACGGCGUUUUGGCCACAACACAAGCAGCCGUCCUCAGGUUGAAGACAGAGCUGUCUGAAAGAUAGCGCACUGCUAAGCUUGGCAACGUAUUUAAGCUGGGUGGGAGAAGAGCACCUUGACAAAGGAGUUUAAAUAUCAACAGAAGAAUUUAGCAUUGAAUAAGCUGUGUUAAUGUGAGAUAAUUAGCAGGAUGUUAAAGUCAGAAAUUGUAGCCAACCAUGCUAAUCGGAGGUGCAGGGGAAGGACAACUCAACACAAAAAGAAAUUCGUUUUCAGUUUGUAUGGGAUGCGAUGCUGUCAAAGGUUCUCAGUUUCCAUCACAACACUUGCUUCAUUAUUGCCACAUUAAUUUGUUUUCACACACAAAGCACAAUUUUUUUGGUCAGAUUUUAUUGCAAUAAAACACCAAAUCAGCAAGUGAGUUGAUUGUGUUUUAUCUUGAUUUGAAGCUUUUGUGACUGCAGGAAUCCAUAUUCUGGUUCUUUCGGUAAAAUCACGUUGAUAGGAAAAUAAUAAAAGAACACAAUGUUUUGGUCGCAACACAAGCGUCCGUCAUCAGGUGAGAAUGAUCUUGUGCUGUGGCUUUAUAUCGGCAGGGGGGGGGGGUUUGUGAAGUCGUGGCUGAAG